AUGUCCUUUUCCAGCCUUGUACAGGAUCUCAGCCUCCGUGACGGCGGCAGCAUCAACUCCAACGCUGCCGCCCUCAGCCGCCGCCCUCCUCCUACCGUCUCGUCGAUUGAUGACCGCGCUUCGCACAUGUCGCGCGCCCGAUCGUACGCCAGCACUGCGGCUACGAGUGUCAGCAUCUCGGGCGACAUUUCCAGUCAGCUGCAUGGCGGCUACUAUCACCCGCUUGCCCGUUCAUGGCAGGCCGAGCGCCAACUGACCAAGUCUAUGCUCAUCUACCCUCUCUUCAUCACCGAUAACGACGACGACAUGAUUCUUGUUCCCUCUCUUCCCGGUCAGCACCAACUCGGCAUCGGCCGCGUUAUCUCAUUUUUGGAGCCCCUCGUCCAUAAGGGUCUGCGCUCCGUCAUUCUCUUCGGCGUGCCCUUAAAGCCUGGCUCAAAGGACGCUCUCGCCAGCGCGGCCGACGACCCCGAAGGCCCCGUCAUCCGCGCCAUUCGUCUCAUCCGCCGCCGCUUCCCUCAGCUCUACAUUUGCGCCGACGUCUGCCUUUGCGAAUAUACUUCUCAUGGCCACUGCGGCAUCCUGCGCGACGACGGCAGCCUGAACAAUGAGCUGUCGGUGGACCGCAUCUCUGAUGUCGCUGUCGCUUACGCCAAGGCUGGCGCCCACUGCGUUGCACCUUCGGACAUGAAUGACGGCCGUAUCCGCGCCAUCAAGCUCAAGCUCAUCGAGGAGGGCAUCGCACAUAAGACGACGCUCAUGUCGUACUCGGCCAAGUUCUCUGGUUGUCUGUACGGACCCUUCCGUGACGCGGCCGGCUCCGCGCCGUCCUUUGGUGACCGCAAAUGCUACCAGCUGCCUCCCGGCGGCCGUGGCCUAGCGCGCCGUGCCAUUACGCGCGACAUGGCCGAGGGAGCCGAUAUCAUCAUGGUCAAACCCGCGGGACAGUACCUCGACAUUAUUAGCGACGCCAAGGAUUUAGGCAAGGACCUCCCAGUCGCGGCCUACCAAGUGAGCGGCGAGUAUGCCAUGAUUCAUGCGGGUGCCAAAGCUGGUGUGUUCGGUCUCAAGGAGAUGGCAUUUGAGUCAGCCGAGGCCAUUCUGCGAGCGGGCGCAACCAUUAUCGUCAGCUACUUUACGCCAGAGUUUCUUGACUGGCUGGACAACUAG